AUGAGCAUUGACUGGCUUCGCUUCUGCAUUCCAUACCCGCCUCGGGGACCGGUUGCCUUCUGGACUUCUUGCGAUUCAACGGGUCUGCGUGCACCUCAACAUUUUCCCGAGGCAGCGUAUACGGCUGCACAGUACGCCAGGCCUGGCCGGCUCUCGCUUGGCUUCGCGUCGCAUCCGCCCCGCGCCCCCCACGCUGUAAAGGAUACACCGCAAGACCUGCAUGAUAUCUCCGCGCUUCGGAAGCUUGAGCACUCUAUCAUGGCCGGCUUUUAUCGUUCAGUAACCGCAAUCUAUCUGCGCAUUGGGAUGGACGACGCCGUUACUAGGACUGCCGCCAUGCGCUCGGCUUGGUCGGAGAUGGCAUGGUGCAUCGCGCUGGGCCUGGAAUACAGCCACGCGGACCCCGCAAGCUCACAUAUCGGCGUCGUGAACGUGCCGCGAAGGUUGACUGCUUUGAGGAGUGCAAUCGACCGGGUCCGGUCAAGCUUGGCUGCCGCAACACCCCAGGCCGCUUCCCCGCGUUCAAUAUUGUGGCUCCAGUGCCACACCCGUCUCCUCGACGGUCUGUAA